GUGACGCUGUGCCUUAGCGACACAAUGAAGUAGCGGUGUAAAUAACCCCUGUAGAUGAAACAGCAUUAUUUAGUUUUUUGUAGAAUUAGAAAUUGGAGUCUUAAAUGGUUGUGGUGUUUCGGUUUCGACGGUUAAGCGGUGAAUAUCUUUGAAGUGACUCGCUAAAUUAUUUAGUGGUUGCUUAGUGAGACUGAAACCUCUCAUCUAGCUAACCUCCUUCAGCCUUGUACUGUAGUAUAUCACAGCUAUCAGCAAGUCUGCGCCAUGGAGUUUCCUUUUGACAUUAAUCAGUUGUUCUCUGAGAGGAUCUCCAUUCUGGACCAGAAUCUUGUUGCAAGUCGCCAAUCUAAAGAAAAGCCAGAUCUUCGGGUCAAAAUUGCAACAGUUCUUGAUGAACUUGGGGAAGCCUCAGCAAAGGCACAAGACCUCCCAGCUCCUAUAACAAGUGCUUCCAAGCUGCAGUUCCAGAAGCAUCAGCUGUACCUGAUGAAGGACGGAGAGAGCAGCCGAGGACGGGGUGUGGUUGUGGGAUUUCUGAAGGUUGGCUACAAGAAGUUAUUUCUGCUUGAUCGAAAUGGUGUGCACAUCGAAGUAGAGCCACUGUGUGUUUUGGAUUUCUACAUUGCAGAAAACUUACAGCGACAUGGCUAUGGGCUAGAACUAUUCAAUUUUAUGUUACAGCAUCAGAACGUGGAGCCAGUGUUGUUGGCAUAUGACAGACCUUCCACCAAAUUGCUGGCAUUUCUGGCUAAGCAUUACAAUCUGAGGCAGAGCGUUCCUCAGGUCAAUAACUUUGUUGCCUUUGAGGACUUCUUCCACAAAAGAGCAGUGUCCCAGUUGAGAAGAGUAAAAAAGCCUGAUGGAGAGAUUAAGCCUUAUUCUUUAAUGGAAAGAGAAGCGGUACGCCAAGAGCAGAGGACACUUCCUUGGCCAUUUGCUGCUCCUCAGUCUCCUCACCGCUCAGUAUCUUCCCAGUGCUCCCAGUCUCCCAGUGCGGGCUCCUCUCCCAGGAGGGUGCUUCCAUGUGUCACACAUCCAGCGUUUGCUGGAGACAGCAGGGAGCAGAGCCCACAUUCACCUCUGAUGGACUGCUGCAGGACAAGACGUAGCAAUAGCGAAAAGGGUUUAGUUGCCAGAUCCAACCUGUACAGUCGACACAUGGACAUCAGACAUGCUGGACUCCUGGACAGAAACUCAAGUUGGACACCAAUGGGAGAUCAGACAUGUGCACUGGGCUGGAAAAACGAACACAGUAUUGUCUCUCUGUUGAGGAGAGCCCAGCCUGGCCUGGCAGCGCCGCCUGGACCCCAGAGUGAUGAUGUUUACAGCCUGACUACCACAGAUGGCACAAAGAAGCACCUGAAUUCAGCAACGUCAGACAAGACUAAAGUGUUGGACAAUAAACAGAGCUCAUCUGAAGGCAACCACAAACCUCUAGAGAAAGAUCAUAUCAGAAAACAGCCAGACUGGUCAUGGGCAGUGGGAGGAAACUACUCCACUGCACAGUGGGUCAAGCAGAAUCAGGUUUACAGAAGCACCCGCCCUUGGUAAUCAGGAACAUCUAACAUGGAUGACCAAGAUAAACACAGUAGCCACACAUGGAUAAGCUGGACUGUGGUAUUAAAUUAAGCAGAAUGUUCCAAA